GCAGCCAUGGCUGCUGCGAAUCCAGCACAACUGCUCCUAGGUGAAGUGACUUGUUCAGUGUGUAAAGAUUAUUUUAAAGACCCAGUGUCUCUAGAUUGUGGGCACCAUUUCUGCCAGGCCUGCAUCACUCAGUGCUGGGAGGGAUUGCGUACAAACUUCCGCUGUCCUGAGUGCAGAGAAACCUUCUCCCAGAGAAACUUCAAACCAAACAGACAGCUGAGGAAUAUUGUAGAAGCUGCCAGAAAACUUACACUGGAGCGAACAAAUGAACCAGAAGUUGGGACAGUGUGUGAAAAACACAAGAGGGCUUUAGAUGUCUUCUGCCAAGAGGAUCAAACACCCAUUUGUUUGGUUUGCCAUCUGUCCCGAGAUCACAGAGAACACACUGUGGUUCCCAUAGAGGAGGCUGCCGAGGAUUACAAGGACCAAAUUCGGAGCCGUUUGGAGAUUUUGAAGAAAGAGAGAGAAGUGAUUCUGUCGUUUAAAUUGAGUGGGGAAAAUAAAAGCCAGGAACUGCUGAAACAGCUAGAAACUGAGAAGCAGAAGAUUGUGUCUGAAUUUCAGCAACUGCGCCAGUUUCUGGAGGAACAAGAGCGACUCCGGCUGGCCCAGUUGGAAGAGCUGAAUAAGGAAAUUGAAAAGGGGAGGCCUGAGUAUGUUGCCAAAUUAUCUGAGGAAAUAUCUUCUUUUAGUUCCCUGAUCAGUGAGAUGGAGCAGAAGUGCCAGCAGCCAGCGAGUGAAUUCCUGCAG